AUGGCAAGAGUUAAUUCUAUUGCCAGAAGCUGGAGCUCUAGCCAAUCACAGAGCUGGAAAGAACCUCUUAAUUGUAGAGCUACAGCCGAGCCUCAUAUGCUUUGGAAAAUAAAUAGUGGCUCAUCUUUUUUCUGGUGGGAUAGCUGGACAGGACUUGGUCCACUUGCUGUAUUCCUUCAAAAAGGUACUAUGCCAGGUAAUACUUUGGUCAAUGAAUUCAUUCAUGAGAACAAAAGGGAUACAGAGAAGUUGUUAAACACUGUCCCUGCCCCCCUUCAUAAUCUUAUUGAGAGGAUUCAUAUCAAUGAUCCUAGUAAGCCUGAUACUUGUAUUUGGACCAUCAAUAGUGAUGGAAAAUUUACUUGUGCUUCUCCCAGAGAACUUACCAGAAAGAGGAAGGACACUAAUGAUACUCUCAAUAAUCUUUGGUAUAAACGUUUACCUUUCAAAAUAGCUUUCCUUAAUUGGAGAGUUAUGAGAAAGAAGUUACCAUUGGAUGAUAUUGUCUCUAAAUUUGGCCAGAAUAUUGUUUCCAGAUGCAACUGUUGUCCAAAUCCUCAAUCUGAAACUUUAGAUCACUUGUUUGUGCAUGGUGAUAUUGCUAAAAAUAUUUGGCAAUACUUUGCUAAUUCUCUGGGCAUCAAAAUUUCUAAUAUUAACCUUCAUUUGUCUUGGAGAGAUAUUUGUGUCAUUGUAGAUAAUUACAGGAAUCAAAUUAGUAGCUGUCUAAUGUAUUGGGAUAGGCCAAUAACUCAGCAAUUCAAGAUUAACACUGAUGGCAGCUCUUUGAUACAAAUGAAGAAAGCAGGAGCAGGAGGUAUUAGAAGAAACAAGGAAGGGAGGAUGAUACUAGCAUACUCAGAGUAUUUGGAAUUUUGCAGCAAUAACCGUGCUGAGAUUGAAGCUGCAUUGAUUGGGUUGAAAUACAGUUCCUCUCUAGGCCUAAACAAUAUCAUAUUUGAGAUGGACUCUAAACUCAUGGUGGUGUAG